AUGCCUUCCCAAGCCCCCUCUACUCCUUCUGGCUUCCAUUCUGAGGGCCCAUCCACCACUGACAAUCAACACGGGGCUUUUACUGUUGACACUCGUGAAGAUGAUGAUAUGUCGCAAGUCACCCCGCCCUCUCUUGUCCCGCCUAGGGAGGUGGUCACUUGCCUAGAAUGCCUUACGUGGAUUGCCAGUGGACGACGCCCAGCUGAGAUUUAUAGAUUCAGCUACUGUGCUGUUGAGAGGAAUCUCAAUAUCCCGUAUUUGCAGUGCACCCGGUGCGCCCACAAGCAUCAUAUUUGCCACCAAGUUCGCUCCUCCCGCCUCCGGGGCUUACUCCAGAUUCUCGAGCUUCUCUGGGCCCAGAUCUCUCACCUAAUGCACCGUGUCGACUAUGCGCGGCAGAUAUGGGAGAUCUACCAGCAGCUCGACCCAGCGGAGCAGGAGUUUUGGGAUCUCCUCAACGAGGCCGACUCAUCAGAUGAGGAGCACCCUGAAUACUCGGAGGAUAAUCCUAAUGGGGAGUCCUAG